AGGGCCCGGUGGGCGGGGCCGCGCCGGCAGCUGCUCCUCACCCUUGGACCCUUAAUCCCCCCGCGGGUCCCUCAACCUGGAUCUUCCUCGGGUGUCGGGUUCUUCCCUGCUCGGGUCGUAUCCUAGGAAUGUCCUGACUUAGCCCGUGGGGAGAACUUCACCCCGAGCCCAGGAUUCCGAGCCGAGAAGUGGAAGUUGAGAGCCUGGCCGCCUUGCUCCCGGAUCUGACCCGGCCUGUCGCGUCUCAUUUCUUUCCCCAGGAUUGUCAGUGUGUCUCGCUCCCAGGAGAGCUGACUGCCCUGGGCUGCUGCUGACCUCCGGCAGAGCUGAGCCAGAAUGUCCCCGGAAUCUAAAAAGCUGUUCAACAUCAUUAUUUUAGGAGUUGCUUUUAUGUUUAUAUUCACUGCCUUUCAAACUUGUGGAAAUGUGGCGCAAACUGUCAUCAGGAGCUUAAAUAGCACAGAUUUUCACGGCAGUGGAUAUACCAGCAUGGCAAUUAUUUAUGGAGUUUUCUCUGCUUCAAAUUUAAUUACACCAUCGGUGGUUGCCAUUAUAGGACCUCAACUCGCUAUGUUUGCCAGUGGUUUAUUUUACAGCAUGUACAUUGCCGUUUUUAUCCAGCCUUUCCCAUGGUCCUUCUACACAGCCUCUGUUUUCAUUGGAAUUGCAGCUGCUGUACUUUGGACAUCACAAGGAAACUGCCUGACAAUAAAUUCAGAUGAGUACACUAUUGGAAGAAACAGUGGAAUUUUCUGGGCACUCCUGCAGUCUAGCUUAUUCUUUGGAAAUCUCUACAUAUAUUUUGCCUGGCAAGGGAAAACUCAAAUAUCAGAGAGUGACCGAAGAACAGUGUUUAUUGCCCUGACGGUGAUUAGCCUUGUGGGGACAGUUCUGUUCUUUCUCAUUCGGAAACCAGAUUCUGAAAAUGUCCUGGGGGAAGAUGAAUCUUCUGAUGAUCAGGACAUGGAAGUCAACGAGUCUGCCCAGAACAAUAUGACAAAGGCAGUAGAUGCAUUUAAAAAGUCUCUUAAGUUAUGUGGCACCAAGGAGAUGCUCCUUCUUAGUAUUACAACUGCUUAUACAGGUCUGGAAUUGACUUUUAUCUCUGGUGUUUAUGGAACCUGUAUUGGUGCUGUAAAUAAAUUUGGAACAGAAGAGAAAAGCCUCAUUGGACUUUCUGGCAUUUUCAUUGGCAUUGGCGAAAUUUUAGGUGGGAGCCUCUUUGGCCUGCUGAGCAAGAAUAAUCGUUUUGGUAGAAAUCCAGUGGUGUUGUUGGGCAUCCUGGUGCACUUUAUAGCUUUUUAUUUAAUAUUUCUCAACAUGCCUGGAGAUGCCCCUGUUGCUCCUGUGGACGGAACUAACAACAGUGCUUACAUCAAAUCCAGCAAAGAAGUUGCCAUUCUCUGCAGUUUUCUGUUGGGUCUUGGAGACAGCUGCUUCAAUACCCAGCUGCUUAGUAUCUUAGGCUUUCUCUAUUCUGAAGACAGUGCGCCGGCUUUUGCCGUCUUUAAAUUUGUUCAGUCUAUUUGUGCAGCCGUGGCAUUUUUCUACAGCAACUACCUUCUUCUUCCCUGGCAACUCCUGGUCAUGGUGAUAUUUGGGUUUUUUGGAACUAUUUCCUUCUUCACUGUGGAAUGGGAAGCUGCUGCCAUUGUAGCCCGGGGCUCUGACUACCGAAGCAUUUGAUCAGGUGCUGAUGAGGCAAGGUGUGCAUCUUCUGAAAGGACAGCUGGGUGCAGAGCAUGGUUGAAGAUGCUGCCUCUCACUUUCAUAAUGUAUGGGAUGAGGUUCAGUAUGGAAAAUCAAAGUAAGGCUGUUAAAUCAGCCAGAGUCGGUAUUAAAGUUUACAGAUAUUAAAACAAAUGGAAUAAGGGAAACCUGUUAUGUCAAUUAUAAUUGUUCAAAAAUUUUUUCCAAUUCAUAUAUCUCAAGUUCCUUAUAAUCAUGUUAUUGAAUGUAAAUGUUUUCUUCUUCUGUUCUUAUUGAAAGAUGCUGUCUUGAUUCAAAAUGCUAGGCUGUAUGUAUAUAAAGAUUCUUGCUGGGUAUGGAAUAUAUUUUAUAACAUAAUAAUAGGAAGUAUAUGCCACUCCACAUGUGUAUCUGGGAAUGACAUUUAAAUAAAUAGCGAGAUGUUGAAAUGAAA